AUGGUGGAGAUAACUGAAAAUGGAGGUGGUUCAGAUUGUGAUUUUAGUGGAGGAUCCAGCGGUUUUGGUGGUGGCACUGGCACCGGCACCGGAAAUUUAUUAAUUUCUCUGGUAAUAACUGUGGAUCCGGUGGUUUUGCUGGAGGAUAUGAUAUCAGAGCCCGUACCGGAAAUGAUAUCGGAGUAUUCGUCGGAUUUAACGUCAGAUUUGUCUUCGGGAGAGUUGUCAGAAGUGACGCCAGAAUCCUUGUCGGAAGUUAUGCCGGAGUCAUUGAAGAAGAUGUCGCCGAAGAUAACGUCGGAUUUGUCAUUGGAAGAGUCGCCGGAUACCUUGCCAGAAUUGAUGAUGUUGACGGAAGUGACGAUGUUGCCGGAAAUGUCACCGGAGAUGUUGCCGGAAGUGACAUCAUGGCCGGAAAUAUCAUCGGAGAUGAUUUUUGUAGAUCAUAAAUUUUUUUGA